AUGACAGCUGUUAUGGUAGGAAAUGCUCCUGUCUUCAUGGGUGUCGCACCAGUGUUUUCAGGAUGAUGCCAGUGAUGCUGUGUUCUGCUAAUUAGAUCAUCAAAGAAUCAGCAUCAUCACAGAGGGGUGUGUGACAUUGGGUUGGCCAAUAAUCUGUCCAAUAGAGGGCACUGUUGUUUGGAUGAGAUAUGGAGGAGGAAGUUGCUCCAGAAUGAAUUCCUUAGUUUUAAACCGAUUUUAAGUUUGGGAAAUUAUGUCACUUAGCAGAGACCAUUAUGCUGUUAGGUUGGAUGUAUUGCCACCAUUCCAAAAAAGGUAUGCCAGUCAGUAACUAGGACAUAUAACCCUAAUUGCUCCUGUAAGUCGCUCUGGUUAAGAGCGUCUGCUAAAUGACUAAAAUGUAAAUGUAAAUGUAUAUAGGGAGUCUUUUAUUGCUGAACUCUCUUGAGCAGCAGAGCGAGCCGGACCAGGCCUACUAAGAAAUGUUGAAUUGGGAAUGGGAUUUAGGCCUAAGUGUGAAAUCGUGAGUUGACCUGUUCUACCAUUUUAAGUCUUGGGUUAUUUUAUACACACCUUGAUUGAUAGCUGCUGCUGGUUUCCACAGAGCUGUGGUGGCCACUGAAUAAUAAUUUCCCCUGUCAGUUAUCUGGCAAAAUAAAGUAAAUGUUUUGUCAUGUGCUUUUCCAUUGCUUAGCUAGACCUACAAAGCAUGAUAGCUUUGACCGUAUUUGACCAUGGUCUUUUGAUUCAGGUCCAUAUUGGGUCCCUUUUGUGUAACCUAACCCUGCUUACCUAGUGAAGGUGUUGGUUACCCAGCCAACAGUGGACAGCUCACUGAAGUAUUAAUGACUUGCGUGUGUUUGUGUGUGUUCUCUCCAGAGCUGCCCCUUGUUUGUCAUGGACUCUAUUUGCUUAAUGCAUAUGUGCUGACGGAUAUAAUACAGCUACACCUAUUAUACUUAGUCACUUCCUCAUUUAAAAGGGAAGCAAAUCUAAAAAGGUGUGAAGGCACACAAUGCAAUUGACAUUAAAUCCCAGAUGGUAGAAGACAAUAAUAUGUAACACUAACAGUGAUGGUAGGUAUUGUAUUUGCUUAUUCCUUUCCUGGAGGGAAAAACAGUGUCUGAGAAGGUCCCUCCACUGUCUCCCUGUACCUCCUGGAGAAUCUGUUGUUCUGGCAUAAUGUAAGCCUUGGCUGUAGAACAACUAUUCCAAUUAUUUCAAUGGGAUCUGAAUUGGUAAUUGAGUCAGAAUGUGAUAGAAAAGCACUCUGGUGAUUCAGAGCAUGGUCCUGUGUCUCCAUCUCUGCCCUGCAGCCUGAUUGCAAGUAUAAUGUGCAGAGUGCAAGCCCCCCUCCCUCUCCCCCAUCACCGUGCUGUCUCAUGACUGCAGACAGAUGACCAGCACACUUGUAUUAUAGAGCUCUGUGUGUGUGUGUGUGUUCCACGUUUCUGUUUCACCAAUGUUUUACUCUGCUCAAUCAGAAAGUCUAACCAGGCUAAACAGUCUGUGUAGCAGAUAAAUGUAGCGGAAAACCUUGAAUUAAAAGGUUACUCACUACUUAUUCUUUAACUCCAAGUUCAGAAUAAAACCCAUUCAACCGUAGACUGAAAACCCUAACAAGCCUAAAACAUUUCUGAUCAGAAGCUUUGUUUGAUUACCCUUUAUUUUAUAGAUGUAUAAAAUGAAUGACAUUUCAAAUGCCCUUAAGACUCCUCCCCUUACCUUAGACUAUAUGUUAACUGGUUCACGAGGUCAACCAGGAGAUGAAAGUAAACUAUCAUGUGGAGGUUGUCAUUGCUCUGUCUGAUAUUCCUCUGUCUCUCCUCAGGCUAAGUACAUCUCCAUCUGCAUUGAUGAGAUCAAGCAGGAGCUCAAGCAGGACAACAUUGCUGUCAAGGCCAAUGCUGUGUGCAAGCUCACCUACGUAAGACCACAGACCAGCACCCCUCACUAAAACAGCCCUCACUGAAAUUGCCCUCACUGAAACUGCCCAUACUGAAACUACCCUCACAGUGAACAACACAGAGAUGCACAAACAGUGAUGCACAAACAAAAACACUUAAGUUAUAUAUCCUAGGCCUACUAUGUAUACUUUUACACUAGAUAGCAGCUACUUUGAACACUGCUGUACUCAGUAAAAGCUCUUUGAUAAUGCAUUUAGGUCUCACUGCCACAGGGACAGCAUAGUGGAUGUUCAAUGCCCUGACUCCAUUUGUCUCUCCCCUGGUGUGUUAACAGUUACAGAUGCUGGGCUAUGACGUCAGCUGGGCUGCAUUCAACAUCGUGGAAGUCAUGAGCUCCUCCAAAUUCACAUACAAGGUGAAAAAACUUGAAUAAUGUGCUUUAUAAUGUUGGUAUUUGAGAAUGUUCUAUUGAAGAUAUAAUUUGCCUUAGGUCAGAGGUUUAACAUAGUGCUCUCUCCUACAGAGAAUUGGUUACCUGGCAGCCUCCCAGUGCUUUCAUGAGAGCACUGAUGUCAUCAUGCUGACAACCAAUCAGAUCCGAAAGGUCAGUGUUGCUUUUUUCCUUCACACUUUUGGCCUGCCUGUCUCUGUUGAUUUAAAGACCUGCUCUGAUACCUGCUAUUUCCUUUCUCUCCCUCUUUCUCUCUUUUCCAUAUAUUUUUUUCUCUCAGGAUCUGAGCAGUCCUAACCAGUAUGACACUGGCGUGGCUCUCACUGGUCUCUCCUGCUUCGUGACCCCUGACCUGGCUCGGGACCUGGCCAAUGACAUCAUGACUCUGGUGAGUCACAUUCUCAGCCACAAGAGUUCUUUCUGCACGUUUUUGUCUGUUUCAUGCUUCUCUGACCUAUCUCUGUCUGCCCUGCAGAUGUCCCACACAAAGCCGUACAUCAGGAAGAAGGCAGUCCUGAUCAUGUACAAGGUGUUCCUGAAGUAUCCAGAGUCUCUGCGCCCUGCUUUCCCCAGGCUGAAGGAGAAACUGGAAGACCCUGACCCUGGUGAGCUAGACUACCUAGUACCUACCUGCUUCUCUGUUGGUUGGGGCCAGACAGAUUUUUUUAAUCACCUGGAAUCAUAAAUUAUGCAAUAACUAAGGAAUUGAGUGUCUUAACUGAUGGAAGCUAUUUUAAAUAAUUUGAAUGCAUUUUACCUCAUUCGUAUCCUAAUGUCCUUAAGCAUGGAUUUUGUUGAUCUAAUCUCAACACUCUCCCUGUGUGAUGCCUCUGUCCUGUAGGGGUCCAGUCAGCGGCUGUUAAUGUCAUCUGUGAGCUGGCCAGGAGAAACCCUAAGAACUACCUGUCUCUGGCUCCGCUCUUCUUCAAGCUCAUGACCUCCUCCACCAACAACUGGGUCCUGAUCAAGAUUAUCAAACUGGUGAGUGAACAGGGAGAGAGCUGUGGGAAUCAAUGUGUGUCAGUAACUGUGGAAGUAACAAAUUAUUGCCAAGUAUCACAUCAUGGAGAGGUGUUGCUCCAUUUUAGAGUGUGUGUGUGUGUUUCAGUUUGGUGCCCUCACACCCCUGGAGCCUCGCUUGGGGAAGAAGCUGAUUGAGCCCCUAACAAACCUCAUCCACAGGUAAAAAAAACACUCACAGAGAUCCAACCAAGGGGGUUUUGUUCAAUCCCUAUAACGAAAAGUUGUCUGAUGAAAGUAAUGACCUUCUGUCUAUCCCUACUGCUUUUCUUACCCUUUCUUCCUCUCUUACAGUACCUCUGCUAUGUCACUUCUAUAUGAAUGUGUCAACACUGUAAUAGCAGGUCAGUAUUCGUCUUCUCACUUGUUCUUUUUGUAGGUACAUUUUCAUUUAGUCUGUGUGCAGGGUGUAGGCAUCUCUCUUUGUGAAGCUUGUGUAUAAACUGAAGAUGUGGGCAGUGGGAACAUGCCCAGUUAUUUCUGGCUCAUAAACACUCAUAAUAAAAAGACAAUAUUCUCUUUGCCAUGUCUAUAAUCUUCAGUGUGGGCAGUUGUUUUUUUGUAUGCCUGUGACGUGCUACAGAGGAGGUUGUGUAGACUGUGGUUUGUUUUAUGUUAAGUGAAAAGCAUCACUGUGCUUUUAAGAUUUGAAGCUGGUGAUAAAUUGUUUUUGACAAGUAUGUAGAGUUGUUGUCACAGCAGGAUCUGAUUGUCGUUAUCUGUUGCAGUGUUGAUUUCCCUGUCCUCUGGGAUGCCAAAUCACAGUGCUAGUAUUCAGGUAAGUUUCAGCCUUCAUUUUCACGUCUUCUCUUGUAGCUGAUGAUGUUAACCCUUUCCACUCCAAUUUGAUGAGAAUGCAUGUUUAAACCAUGAAUCUUUUUUAAAUUCUUUGUUUUUACCAUACAAGUCUUUUUCAAAAGAUGAACACCAACAGAUCAGACAGGCUAGUGCAACUGAAUAAAUUGUGUCUGAUUUUUAUAGCUCCUAAAAUGUCUAUAUAAAUGUAUUUAAUGUACAAUGACAUCAGCUGGGAUCUACGGUCACUUUUGCCCCAAUACAGUUGCUGAGCCCAAAUGAUAAUGCUAACACUGGACCUGAACUGAUAGUAAUGUCACUUUCCCCUCUCUUCCUCCCUUCUUUCUCUCUAUCCUCAGCUCUGUGUUCAGAAACUGCGAAUCCUGAUUGAAGACUCGGACCAGAACUGUGAGCCCUCUGUCAAUGCCUGCAGUGUGUCAUUCUCUCAUUGUCUGCGUGUUUCUGAGUAGCCACCCAUCUAGCUUACGACAACCUAGAUCCCAAACUCUGGAUAACUCGACAUUUUGAUCAUGGUCCCACAUUGGGGGCUGUUUUUACAUUUCACUGCACAUAGUUGCAGUUGUGACUGUAUCAAAAGGUAGGGUUUUGUCUUCACAUCCAUUUAUACAUCUCUACUUCAUCAGGCAAUUUAGUUUUUAAAUUUUCAGUAUAUUUGAUAAGUAAUUCAUCGGUCUAACAGGUUACAGCUAACAGUAAGUUAAACCAUCUACGAUCAUUAUGUUGAUGCAGCUGGUGAUUCGAGUUAUCUGGGCCCCUUAGUAGGUUGUGUGUAGAUUAGAUAUACGUGGGCAGCUAGGUUUUGUUUUUAAUUUGAGUUCUCUUGACCGUUUCGCAAGUUGGCCUCAACUUCAACAGGCUCUUGCCCUCCCUUGCUCACAUUUGACACCACUUUAGUCUCAAACAUCAUAGUGUUUACAGGGCUUCUCCUGACCUGCUCUGAUGAAACCGAACCUGUAUCUGCAGCGACAGUACUUCACCUCAAGGUCACAUUCACACAUAUUGAUCCAUAAACCUGAUAUGCAGCUAUCUGUGUCUGAGGUAUCAACAGCCCAGAUAAUAAUUGGAUGUUAUCGAAUGCCUGAUUCAGCAAAAAAAAAUAGUGUUUCUGUUAUCGGGUUAUUGCACUAUGGCUACAUCUACCUAGGACUCAAGUUGGUGGCAAAAAACGAAACGUCCAUGUGUAUAUGUUGUCUCGUGUGAGUGUCUGUUCUCCAUCGUUUUGUGUUUGUCUUUGUCUUUGUAUUUUCCUUUCCUUUGUUUUAAUGUAAUGUUUUGUAGAGAAAGAAUCAUAUAAAUCUGUGAAAAUAUCAGGAAGUCAGUCAGACAGCAUGUUAUGUAUACUAUACUGUGUAGACAGUCAUAUUAUAAAGGCGUUCAGAAUAGUGAUAACGGCCUACAGUAAUGAGUCUAAUGUAAUCGGUGAGGUUUCAGCAGGUGAGAGGGGCUAGUGAAGACAGCCAAAGAGACAUAGAUUGUUCAAGAUAUUUUGGGUGACCAAUAGACCUCUUGUGCCCUAAGACAGGGAGGUAGGCUAUAGCCAUAAGAUAAUGUAUACUGUGGAAUGUAAAGGCAUGCUGUAUGGCUCGUAGUACAGUCUCCAUAGUGCAGAACCUCUAGUCUAGUGCGUAGGGAAGUAGAGUAGAAGGCCCAGUGUAUAGUGCCCUGGCCACUGAGUGUGUUGUCUCUGUUCAUAGUGAAGUACCUGGGCCUGCUGGCCAUGUCCAAGAUACUGAAGACUCAUCCCAAGUCUGUCCAGUCCCACAAGGACCUCAUCUUGCAGUGUCUGGACGACAAGGACGAGUCCAUCCGCCUGAGGGCUCUAGACCUGCUCUACGGCAUGGUGCGGAUAACUGUCAUGGCACAUUGUCAUCGAAAACACACUUACCCUAACCCCAUGUCUUCACCACACCUCAGUAACCGAAAAGGUUGCUGGUUCGAAUACCCGAGCUGACAAGUUGAACAAAAUCUGUCUGUGCCCUUGAGCAAGGCACUAAACCCUAAUUUGCUCCAGGGGCGCCAACCUAUUAAGUCUGACCCUGUAAAACAAUACAUUUCACUGCACCUAUCCGGUCAAUACAAAAAAUUUCGAUCUACUCAAGGGGAAAUGCCUUUAGCUUAAGAACCUCCCUGAUUCUAUUGAUAGCCUAAUGCCUCCCAGAGGGGUAUACUACCUACCUGGUUUGAGGAGUUAGCGAGGUAACUUUGGACAACUCUGAGUUCAACUCGGGAUAACCGCUAACAUAAAAUUGGCUCACCUUUUAGCUACAGUGCUAUGAAAAAGUAUUUGCCCCCUUUCUAAUUUUCUCUACUUUUGCAUAUUUGUGAUACUGAAUUAUCAGAUCUUCAACCAAAACCUAAUAUUAGAUCAAGGGAACAUAAGUGAACAAAUAACACAACAAUUACAUAUUUAUUUCAUUUAUUUCAUAAACAAAGUUAUGCAACACCCAAUUCCCCUGUGUGAAAAAGUAAUUGCCCCCUUACACUCAAUAUUCUGGUUGUGCCACCUUUAGCUGCAAUGACUCCAACCAAAUGCUUCCUGUAGUUGUUGAUCAGUCUCAAGUCGCUGUGGAGGAAUUUUGGCCCACUCUUCCAUGCAGAACUGCUUUAGCUCAGUGACGUGUGGGUUUUCAAGCAUGAACUGCUCGUUUCAAGUCCUGCCUCAACAUCUCAAUUGGGAGUAGCUCUGGACUUUGACUAGGCCAUUUGAAAACGUCCAAUUUGUUGCUUUUUAGCAAUUUUCAUGUAGACUUGAUUGUGUGUUUUGGAUCAUUGUCUUGCUGCAUGACCCAGCUGCGCUUCAGCUUCAGCUCACAGACGGAUGGUCUGACAUUCUCCUGUAGAAUUCUCUGAUACAGAGCAGAAUUCAUGGUUCCUUCUAUUAAGGCAAGUCGUCCAGGUCCUGAGGCAGCAAAGCAUCCCCAAACCAUCACACCACCACCACCAUGCUUGACCUUUGGUAUGAUGUUCUUACUGUGGAAUGCAGUGUUUGGUUUUCGCCAGGCAUAAUGGGACACAUCUCGUCCAAAAAGUUGACUCAAGUUUGCCAAAAAGCACCUGGAUGAUCAUCAAGACUCUUGGAAGAACGUUCUAUGGACAGCAUGAUUCAAAAGUAUAACUUUUUGGACGACAUGGUUCCAGUAAUGUCUGGCGAAAACCAAACUCUGCAUUCCACAGUAAGAACAUCAUACCAAAGGUCAAGCAUGGUGGUGGUGGUGUGAUGGUUUGGGGAUGCUUUGCUGCCUCAGGACCUGGACGACUUGCCUUAAUAGAAGGAACCAUGAAUUCUGCUCUGUAUCAGAGAAUUCUACAGGAGAAUGUCAGGCCAUCCGUCUGUGAGCUGAAGCUGACGCGCAGCUGGGUCAUGCAGCAAGACAAUGAUCCAAAACACACAAUCAAGUCUACAUGAAAAUAGCUAAAAAGCAACAAAUUGGAAGUUUUGGAAUGGCCUAGUCAAAGUCCAGACCUAAUCCCAAUUGAGAUGUUGUGGCAGGACUUGAAACGAGCAGUUCAUGCUUGAAAACCCACACGUCACUGAGUUAAAGCAGUUCUGCAUGGAAGAGUGGGCCAAAAUUCCUCCACAGCGACGUGAGAGACUGAUCAACAACUACAGGAAGCAUUUGGUUGGAGUCAUUGCAGCUAAAGGUGGCACAACCAGUUAUUGAGUGUAAGGGGGCAAUUACUUUUCACACAGGGGAAUUGGGUGUUGCAUAACUUUGUUUAUGAAAUAAAUAUGUAAUUGUUGUGUUAUUUGUUCACUUAUGUUCCCUUUAUCUGAUAUUAGGUUUUGGUUGAAGAUCUGGUAACAUUCAGUAUCACAAAUAUGCAAAAGUAGAGAAAAUUAGAAAGGGGGCAAAUACUUUUUCAUAGCACUGUAGGUGAAUUUCUAUGGCAACGAAUGCUUUAGAACUAACCUGCUCCGGUGAAGGCUAACUCAGGUCUAACUAAAUUUAUCCUGAAUAAAUCUAGUUAGUCUGAGCCGUAAAUUGAGGAUCAGUGAAAUCAGAUUCUCUCGCAAACAUCAUCAUCUUGCCCUUCAUUUGAGGAAGAUGACCGAUUUAAAAAAAAAAAAAAAAAAAAAAAAAUUAAAAAAAAAUUUUUAAAAAAAAAUAAAUAAAUAAAAAAAAAAAAGAAAAUAUUAUAUAUAUAUAUAUUUUAUUUUAUUUUGGUUAAAUUGUCAUAUUAAAAUACCUAUUACAUAUUUAGUAAUGACAGGAUGUAUUUGAAAGUACACGCAGAGUAAAACGUCUGACAUUCUAAAAUUAUUUUGAUAGGAAUGGGUAAAAAGGUGCUGUGUGCAUUGAUAAGCACAAAGAUGGUAUUAACUAUAUGUAAUAAAAGAAAGACGUUACUUCUAAAAGCCUAUUUCACAUCAUAGCCUGCUGAAUUUGCAAAAUAACUCUUCUUUCAUGUAAUGUGGCACUGACUCGCCCGUGGAUUAAUUGUUUCAGCAUUGUCGCAAUGAGGAGUUUGGGGUUCAACUAGCCACGUGCGACAUGUACACACAGUUACAAGCCUGCUAGAGUUAGCGGUUAACGGUUCACCAAACCCACGGUUCGGUACGUAUUGCGGUUUUGGGGUCACGGUUAAAUUAAUUACAUUAAAUGCCAUUCACAAUGUAGAGCAUUCACAAUGUUUCUGGCAUUAUCUGUUGUGCCAGGAUUGUUAUGUUGGGCCUCAAGUUUCCACUGAUGCUGCGUUUGUAACCAUGUGGGUGGUGGGAAUUUACCAGUUGUGAAAUCGUAAAUACCAAUGCAUUCAUGUGAUUUGAACUUGUUGAGAAAUGCUGAUUGACUAAUGGCCAACAAGCUGCGUCAAUCAUAAACUAAAAGUACAGCUAUCAUGCUUGUCAGUGGUCGAAAAAGUACCCAUUUGUCAUACUUCAGUAAAAGUAAAUAUACCUUAAUAGAAAAUGACUCGAGUAAAAGUGAGUCACCCAGUAAAAUACCACUUGAGUAAAAGUCUAAAAGUAUUUGGUUUUAAAUAUACUUAAGUAUCAAAAGUAAAAGUAUAAAUAAUCUCACAUUCCUUAUAUUAAGCAAACCAGAUGGCACAAUUUUCUUGUAUUUAUUUACGGAUAGCCAGGGGCACAUUCCAGUCCGCCAGAUCAAUAGGGAUGUUCACGUGAUAAGUGUGUGAAUUUGGACCAUUUUCCUGUCCUGCUUAAGCAUUCGAAAUGUUAUUAGAAAAAAUAUUUUGUAUUUUUUUGUGUGGUACUUUUACCCCUUUUUCUCCCUAAUUUCAUAAUAUCCAAUUGGUCAUGUCCCAUCGCUGCAAAUCCCCUACGGACUCGGGAGAGGUGAAGGUCGAGAGCCAAUUCAUAGAAAAUGUAAACUUUGUCUUGCUUAUAUAGAGCGGGUAAUACCUGCUUGCUGAAGUGGGUGCAAGACUGCUAGACGGAAGUUCGUAACGUGGCUCGGGCACUUUCACGAUGUGCUGAAACCCCCUAUUCUCAACCACCGAGAAUGGGCGCAUAUCCGACUGUAAAAAAUAUAGAAAGCCUACUUAUCGCGCUUGUAAUUUCUUUGGCCUGGUCAGAAUCAGCUGCCAACUUGCCAAGGGCUGCUUUAAUGCAGAGGGGGGACGAUGUUGUGUUUCUUUUGAGUUUCCGUCUUGCUCAGGUAUACUAGGGUGAUGUCGGCGUAAAUGUGUCAACAUAUUUGAGAUUUCUGCAGGCUGCUGCAUAGGCUAUUCUCAUUGAGUGUGGCGACAUACUGUUAACGUUUGAUCCCAGACUCUGUCCAUCGCCGUUGUAAUCUAAUAUUCCCAAACUGGAGACGAGGAUUAAGGAUCCUCCAAUUCUGGUUUAUCGGCCCGUAACACUCGCCAUAGUUCAGAACUAGUUUCCGGCUGCGCCUCACAAAAGGACAGUUUUGAAAUGUGCCAAUUAAGAUUUAAAUGUCGUUUACAACGUGCGCAUAGGCUCCAGUUGUUUUUAACAGAAUAGCCUGAAAUAUUUUUUCAGAUCAGAUUUACUCGAGGCAUAGGCCUACAAUGCGGUGUAGGCAUAGCCUAUAGACCUAGUGUUUUUAUUUAUUUUAUUUAAUUUUUAUGUAUUCAUUCGGGUUCACAUUGCGGACUGAAUCGAGGUCCCUGUACUGAACGGUUUGGUACGAAUAUGUGUACCGUUACACCCCUAGUUAGCGGCAGGCGGACAAGCAAUAUCCACGUCAUAGUACGUACUGGUCACAGUACAGUUUCUGAUGCCCCCAUGGCGCUGUUUCUCAUUGACUAUUUGUGUCCUCCCAGGUGUCCAAGAAGAACUUGAUGGAGAUAGUGAAGAAGCUGAUGCUGCACGUGGACAAGGCUGAGGGAACCACUUACCGAGAUGAGCUGCUCACCAAGAUCAUUGACAUCUGCAGCCAGAGCAAUUACCAGUACAUCACUAAUUUUGAAUGGUCAGUACAACUUACUGGCGGGGCCUAUAAUUGUCUCGGAUUCUUUUAGAUGCGUACUUUCAUUACACACUUUUAAACUAAUACUUUCUGUGAUCAUGAAUCUCUCUGUGUGUCUCAAGUAGCGUUGAAAGACUGAGUCAAUUCGUUGAAGUAAUGUGUCUUGGUGUAUUGUACUCUAUAGGCUGAUCUGCUCUUACUUAUAUGUAUUUUUGUAAGUUAUUUGUAAAUAGUUCACAAAGGUUUUUUUGGGAUGACCUACCAUGUAGGGGCCUACCUUCCACUCACCUGUUCUGAGGUACAUCAGUCUGACUGUCUCUGUCCUGUGUCCAUCUCUCAGGUACAUCAGUAUCCUGGUGGAGCUGACCCGUCUGGAGGGCACGCGGCACGGCCACCUCAUCGCCUCCCAGAUGCUGGACGUGGCCAUUCGGGUCAAGGCCAUCCGAGCCUUUGCUGUGGCCCAGAUGGCUACUCUGCUGGACAACGCCCACCUGCUUACCGGCAACACACAGCGCAACGGCAUCUGUGAGGUGCUCUAUGCUGCCGCCUGGAUCUGUGGAGAGUUCUCAGAGUAUGUAUUCAUAUUUAUUCCUUUUCUGCAAGAGUACACACACACACCACACUUUUUUGCGAGACUGUUUUCCACUAAAUCAAACUAGCUAACAUCAGGCCAGUUCAGCCCUAUAUCAUUGGCUUAUCUCUCAACCAGUACCAUCCUCCAUCUUCCCCCAGACACCUGGAGGAUCCCAUGGCGACCCUGGAGGCCAUGCUGCGGCCCAAGGUGGCCACCCUGCCGGGCCACAUCCAGGCCGUGUACGUGCAGAACGCUGCCAAGCUGUUUGCCACGGUGCUGCGCGGCCACGAGGGGGUGCCAGCGGACAGCACGGUGGCCCAGGAGACCAGCCAGCUGCUCAUCGACAGGCUGCCUCUGUUUGUCCAGAGUUCCAACCUGGAGGUGCAAGAGAGGGUGAGUCACACAGGGCCUCACACAGCUAACCUUAGUUAACCUCUGGGGGCUAUUGGCCGUUUGAAAGGAAAAUACCUUUUUCACUAUGCAUCUCUCUUUGACCGCCCCCCUCACUCCCCACCCUCUCCCCUCCCCAGGCUUCAUGCAUCUUGCAGUUGGUGAAGUAUAUCCAGAAGCUGCAGCAGAAGGACGUGGAGGUGGCUGAGGAGGUGACGGCUCUGUUUGCUGGGGAGCUCAACCCUGUGGCCCCCAAGGCACAGAAGAAAGUGCCUGUUCCUGAAGGGUCAGUCUGCCUGCUGCUCUCUUCUACUCACAGUGCUGUUAAAUGAAGCUUAUAGUGAUACACAACAUUACAUCUUUUUUUUUAUAGGACUACUUUAUACAGCCCAUUACACAAUUUUAGAUAUUGCAAAGUAGCUUUGUUUUUUUACAGUCUGUCUUGCAGACUACUGAAUGUCAGUCUAUGAUGAGUCAUAUAUAAAGUGCAUACACAACAUCAACAGAGACUUAGUGAUAAUAAUAAAGCACUAAACACAUCCCUAUUGAACAGUACAGCUGGUGAGAAUGUGUUAUCUUUGUUUUGCCUCCAGUCUGGACCUGGAUGCGUGGAUCAACGAGCCUCCGUCUGGGAGUGAGUCUGAAGAUGAGGGCAGGAAGUCCAAGGGCAAAGCUGUGUUUGCCAAGGAGGAGUCCAGACACACCAAGCCACGCUACACUGAGGUGGACGAGAAGGAACUGGCCAAGGUAAGAGGGAAAUGUAGAAGACGACAAUCACUGCUGUAUACAUAUUGAUAUUCAAGCUCAUCAAUUCUUUCAUCAGUUGAUCUUUUGCUGGUGUUAAAUGUUUGGUGAUGCUAAAACAAUCAGACACCGAAGACGUACACUGGUACACACCACUCAACCAUAAUAUAAACACACUAUAAUUUUCAUAUGACUGAAUUGAUGCUGUUUCUCUCUCCAGAGGAGAGAGGUAAGGAAGGCAGAGCAGGCCAACAACCCCUUCUACAUCAAGGCCUCCCCCUCCUCUCAGAAGGUACGCAGAGCAUCAUUACCCAAUCAGCAGCUAGUCUUAUGUAUUAUCCUGACUCUUGCAGAAAUGUAAUUAAUUACACAUUUGAAUAUACUUCCAUCUAAAUAUGAUAAUUUUAAUGGACUAGGAGCCUUUGUGGUAUAUGCCAUUCACAUCCCUGUGUUAUAGUUCCUGACGUGUGUGUGUGUGUGUGCAGGUGUACCAGGAUGGUGUUGGUGUGGAACACAUUCCAGUGGUGCAGAUUGACCUCAGUGUGCCUCUUAAGGUCCCAGGUCAGUUCCUCUGGCCACUAGAUUAUAAACUACCGAUUUCAAUGUACAGUGUCUGUCAGUGGUCCUGUAGACAGGACUCUGUAUCCAAACCUAACCCAUCUCCCUCUUUCUCUCUUCGCCUCUGUGUCAUAACUUAACCCCUCUACUGUACCACUUUCUCUCUCAUCUCUCUCUGUAACAAAACUUAACCACUCUUUCUCCUUCCUUCUCUCUCGCUUUCUCUCUUCCUUUCUCCCUCCCGUUUGGUUUAGGGAUGCCAAUGUCAGAUCAGUAUGUGAAGCUGGAAGAGGAGCGUCGGGAGAAAAACAAGGCAGACAAGAAGAAGAAGGACAAGAAGCAGAGGAGGGAGAAGGGCGAGAAGGGCCGCCGGAGGAGGGGGGACUCUGUCCCAGAGAGCGAGGAGGACAUCACCCCUGCACACAUGGUGGACAUCGUCACUGAGGAGAUGCCAGAGGUAGGGGCUUACACAUGGUGUUCAGAGUAGAGGUCUUCACGGAUCCAAAAGUUGACCUGUUCCGAAAUUGACCUUGGGCCUUCCUACCCGGACUCGAAAAGCAUAAAUUAAUUUGUUUAAUAUAGAGACCCGUUCCGUAUAGAUCUGGUCAGACCCGGUCCGAUCCGAGUGAUGGAAGCUGCAGAAAAGUAGUUUUUUAAAGCUACUUUAUUAACCAAAGCUGAUAAAGCGGGAGAGGAGGGAGUGCGAGGUGCCGCUUUAGCAGGCGGGGGAGUGAGCGACUGACACGGGGAGCAGGGAGGGAGAGACAAGAGACAGAAACCAACCAACAUGCCCACUCGCACUAUAGUAGACUAAUAGCUGCCAUAGCUAGGUUAUUUAUCAUCAAAUAUGAGUACAUAGUACCUGUCUUGACUGCAUCAAACCGGAAGAAGCUAGUUAUGCUAGCUAACGUUAGCUAGCUAGGCUAAUUGAGACUGCAGUGCAUGCGCUUUCUCAUUCUACAGUUACAAAUAACAACAACUCCAUUCAGAAUAUUAAGUAGCAGCCUACCUGUUAGCUCUUGGUUGUUGUAGCCUAUCCUUCUCCUUUCUAUUCCAUCUUCCAAUGAUUAUUUAUCUCCUAACUUCUGCCACACACGGAGGCUCUAUGACUGUAGCCUAUUGCCACUUUGAUGACUUAUAAUUGGCCAUCAACAACAACAAGCUACAUGCUCCACUCUGGUGAAAAGUAAAGGGCAGCAGCAUAAAUUAUAACAUUUCUCUCUCUCUACUGCAGCAGUCACGUUCGGAUCUGUACGGGCCCUUCUGGACAAGUCAGUUAAGAUUACACCUACAGAGACCCGUGACAUUCAUAUAAGAUCUGACCCAGACCCGUUAUAUUAUUUAGAUUUCCGGAUCGGGUCUCGGAUAUUCGGAUACAGGUGGAUCCGUGAAGACCUCUAGUUCAGAGCGUUUCAUAUAGGAAUGUAAGGUAAAAGAGAGCCCAAAACCUCAUGAAAGGGGCUCAGGUCAAGAAGCCAUAAUACGUUUGUGGUUAUAUUGAGUGGUAAUUCACAUUAAUUUCAUAUUAAAUGCAAGGAUAUUAUUUUGCACUGUCACUAACUCUACUCUCUUCCUGUCUCAGAAUGCCUUACCCAGUGAUGACGACGACAAAGAUCCCAACGAUCCCCACAAAGCUCUGAACAUCGACCUGGACAAGUGAGUUCACUCAUCACUGACCUCUCUGUAUUACAGAUGUCCGCUAAUGGAUUAGUAUGAAACAGCAGGCUAUAUAACCAGGCUGUGCUAUUAUAUACUCUGUGGGGGUGUAUAAUAUCUCCCUGGCACCACUGAUGAGAGAUUGGUGCUAGUGCUGCCCUGGCCCUCUCCAUCCUCACACACUCCCGCUCACUGUGCUGUGCUCUGCUCUGUGGUUAUCACCCUCUGUCUCUCUCUCUCUCAUGCGCACACACACCUCUCUGUCCCCUUGCCCGGGCAGUUUGCUGGCAGCAUCUCGCAGGUGAGUACAUUCUCAGUGUCAGGAGAGGCCCCGUCUGGGCCUGCAUACUAAACUGACUGAUCUGCUGUUCUCUCUCUCUCUCUCUCGCCUGCCCCCUCCCACUAACAGCAUUACUCUCUCUCUUCAUCUGAUUAUUUCUCUCUCUCUCCGUUUGGGCAUGACGUGACUUUACAGUUUGAAGUUUGAUCCCAGUGUUCAACAACACUAUUUUCUCCCACUCACCCCUACUCCAUUUGAAACCUUCUACAAGCUCACUUCAGAAUAUCAGCAUUCCCUCCAUACAAAACUCUGUUAUUGUGGCAGGAGCUGAAGAAAUGCGCUCUUCUCACCAAAUAAACAGAUUGAUGUGAUGAGAGUUUAUAGAUAGUUAAUAGAUUUCUCAGUGGAGCUACUGAUUUUCUGAAGUCAUAACUCAAUCACCAGUACUACUCCUGGAUGACUACUGUGCUGCUCUUUUUAUUUCAAAUCCUCACCCAAUUCAUUGGUCUUCUUCAACAUAAUGUUAAUCGCUAGUUAUUGGAUAAACCUGUUAAUGGGGGUGUCCCUCCUGACCCACCAACUGUGCCUGAGGAAUGGCUUUGAAGGUUUGUGUUUGAGAUGUCGUGCACCUGAGUGGAGUGGAUGACUUUGUCUCAACUAGCUUCCUUUCCUAAUCUCCUUUCUGUCACUGGCAUUGAUAAGUGAAAGGACUGGAUAGGUGUCCACCAUGCUGCUUUUAACCUGUCCUUUCCAGCCAGAUUAGUGGUCAUGGAGGAAAGGAGACAAGGAAAGGAGACUAGUUAAGACUAUUGAGAUGCAGCCAAUGGCUCUGGUUUGACCAGAAUCCCCAUGCACACCCAGGGCUGUGGUUUUAUCAGUGUGUCUCCUUCUCUCUGUGCUCUCAGGCCCCUGGCAGACAGCGAGAAGAAGCUGCCGGUCAGGUCACACCGUCCCGACGAGGUCCUCAAGAGCCCCAUGGAGGACGGGCAGGGGGUGGAGGUUGCUCCAGAGCCCAAGAAGAAGACCGGAAAGGAGAAGAAGGAGAAGAAGAAGACAAAGGAUAAGGACAGGAAGGUUCGGCUCCAUCUUUAUUUCUUUUAAAAAUAUUUUAUAUAUUUUUGACAUCUGUUUCCCUAGUAUUUGAGACAUUAUUGACUUGAGGAUUGUGUUUUUUGUCAUUGUAGAAGAGUAAAGAGGAGAAGAAGAAGAAAAAACACAAACAAGAGGAAGGGGAGGAUCUUAUGGGCGCUGGGUCAGAGGAGCCUAUCCAACCAGAAGAGACCAAGGGGGUGGCAGCCCCGCCUCCUGCCUCCACACCAGAGGUAUGAUGUCACAAAGGGAGGGACUACCUUUUAUACAGGGACAAUAUAUUUUUGGGCGACCCGACCAAAUUCACAUAGAAAGCAAGUCUAAGAAGAGUUAGAUCUGUUCUAUGUACACUAUUUCUAUGCUUCCCGUUUGUAAGUUUCACUUUUGCGUCUUUUACUUUCGGUUUUGUACACCAGCAUCAUACAGCUGAAAAUACAAUACUUUUGCAGAAAGAAACAAGGUCAUAAAAAUCAAACACAUUCAUCAGUAAUAAGGCCCUCAAUCAGCUUUCUGAAUUGCCCUAGAGGCACCAAAACAUCAAAUUUAAGAAAAUGUUGGAGAUUGUUCCACAAAUAAGGUGCAAGAAAACUAAAAGCUGAUUUACCUAAGAAGCUGAGAAUAAAAAUGGGCUUCUUCUAUAGAACUAGGUCAUGCCUCUCGCUAAAUAGUAGAAAGCAGGUUAUUCAGUCGACGUUCCUAACGGUCAUAGACUGUGGCGACAUCAUCUAUAUGAAUGCAGCUGCCAUUUCAUUAAUGCCAUUAGAUGUAACAGCACUUACAGUUGACCGGGGCAGCUCUAGCAGGGCAGAAAUUUGACGAAAUAACUUGUUGGAAAGGUGGCAUCCUAUGACGGUGCCACGUUGAAAGUCACUGAGCUCUUCAUUGAGGCCAUUUUACAGCCAAUGUUUGUCUAUGGAGAUUGCAUGGCGGUGUGCUCGAUUUUAUACACCUGUCAGCAAUGGGUGUGGCUGAGUUAGCCGAAGGGGUGUCCACAUACUUUUGUAUAUAUAGUGUACUUAUAAGCAGGGACACUAUCAAUAUGGGCACCAUCCAAAGUACAUAUGCUUAAAUCAUCAGUUACUUUUAUGCAUUCUAUAGAACAACAUACAGUGCCUUCAGAAAGUAUUCAUACCCCUUGACUUAUUCCACAUUUUGUUACAUCCUGAAUUCAAAAUGGAUUAAAUAGAUUUUCUUUCUCACCCAUCUACACACAAUACCCCAUAAUGACAAAGUGAACACGUUUUUAGAAAUGUUUGCAAAUGUAUUGAAAAUGAAAUACAGAAAUAUCUAAUUUACAUAAGUAUUCACACCCCUGUCAAUAAUUUGUAGAAACACCUUUGGCAGCGAUUACAGCUUAGAGCCUUUUUGCGUAAAUCUCUAAGAGCUUUGCACAACUGGAUUGUACAACAUUUGGCCAUUUAUUAUUUUCAAAAUUCUUAAAACUCUGUCAAAUUGGUUGUUGAUCACUGCUAGACAACCAUUUUCAGGUCUUGCCAUAGAUUUUCAAGUAGAUUUAAGUCAAAACUGUAACUUGGCCACUCGGGAACAUUCACUGUCUUCUUGGUAAGCAACUCCAGUGUAGAUUAGGCCUUGUGUUUUAGGUUAUUGUCCUGCUGAAGGGUGAAUUCAUCUCCCAGUGUCUGGUGGAAAGCAGACUGAACCAGGUUUUCCUCUAGGAUUUUGCCUGUGCUUAGCUCCAUUCUGUUAAUUUUUUUAUCCUGAAAACUCCCCAGUCCUUAACGAUUACAAGCUUACCCAUAACAGGAGGCAGCCACCACUAUGCUUUAAAAAAUGGAGUGGUACUCAGUAAUGUGUUGUAUUGGAUUUGCCGGAAACAUAACACUUUGUAUUCAAGACAAAAAGUUAAUUGCUUUGCCACAUUUUUUGCAGUAUUACUUUAGUGCCUUGUUGCAAACAGGAUGCAUGUUUUGCAAUAUUUAUAUUCUCCUUUUCACUCUUGUCAAUUCUGUUAGCAUUGUAGAGUAAUUACAAUGUUGUUGAUACAGUUGAAGUCGGAAGUUUACAUACACCUUAGCCAAAUACAUUUAAACUCAGUUUUUCACAAUUCCUGACAUUUAAUCCUAGUAAAAAUUCCCUGUUUUAGGUCAGUUAGGAUCACCACUUUAUUUUAAGAAUGUGAAAUGUAAUUGUAGAGAAUUAUUUAUUUCAGCUUUUAUUUCUUUCAUCACAUUCCCAGUGGGUCAGAAGUUUACAUACACUCAAUUAUUAUUUGGUAGCAUUGCCUUUAAAUUGUUGGGUCAAACGUUUCGGGUAGCCUUCCACAAGCUUCCGACAAUAAGUUGGGUGAAUUUUGGCCCGUUCCUCCUGACAGAGCUGGUGUAACUGAGUCAGGUUUGUAGGCCUCCUUGCUCGCACACGCUUUUUCAGUUCUGCCCACAAAUGUUCUAUAGGAUUGAGGUCAGGGCUUUGUGAUGGCCACUCCAAUACCUUGACUUUGUUGUCCUUAAGCCAUUUUGCCACAACUUUGGAAGUAUGCUUGGGGUCAUUGUCCAUUUGGAAGACCCAUUUGCGACCAAGCUUUAACUUCCUGACUGAUGUCUUGAGAUGUUGCUUCAAUAUAUCCACAUCAUUUUCCUUCCUCAUGAUGCCAUCUAUUUUGUGAAGUGCACCAGUCCCUCCUGCAGCAAAGCACCCCCACAGCAGGAUGCUACCACACCCGUGCUUCACGGUUGGGAUGGUGUUCUUCGGCUUGCAAGUACCCCCUUUUUCCUCCAAACAUAACGAUGGUCAUUAUGGCCAAACAGUUCUAUUUUUGUUUCAUCAGGACAUUUCUCCAAAAAGUAUGAUCUUUUUCCCCAUGUGCAGUUGCAAACCGUAGUCUGGCUUUUAUAUGGCGGUUUUGGAGCAGUGGCUUCUUCCUUGCUGAGCGGCCUUUCAGGUUAUGUCGAUAUAGGACUGAUUUUACUGUGGAUAUAGAUACUUUUGUACCUGUUUCCUCCAGCAUCUUCACAAGGUCCUUUGCUUUUGUUCUGGGAUUGAUUUGCACUUUUCGCACCAAAGUACGUUCAUCUCUAGGAGACAGAACGAGUCUCCUUCCUGAGCGGUAUGAUGGCUGCGUGGUCCCAUGGUGUUUAUACUUGCGUACUAUUGUUUGUACAGAUGAACGUGGUAUCUUCAGGCGUUUGGAAAUUGCUCCCAAGGAUGAACCAGACUUGUGGAGGUCUACACAUUUUUUUUCUGAGGUCUUGGCUGAUUUCUUUUGAUUUUCCCAUGAUGUCAAGCAAAGAGGCACUGAGUUUGAAGGUAGGACUUGAAAUACAUCCACAGGUACACCUCCAAUUGACUCAAAUGAUGUCAAUUAGCCUAUCAGAAGCUUCUAAAGCCAUGACAUUUUCUGUAAUUUUCCAAGCUGUUUAAAGGCACAGUCAACUUAGUGUAUGUACACUUUUGACCCACUGUAAUUGUGAUACAGUAAAUUAUGUGAAAUAAUCUGUCUGUAAACAAUUGUUGGAAAAAUUACUUGUCAUGCACAAAGUAGAUGUCCUAACCGACUUGCCAAAACGAUAGUUUGUUAACAAGAAAUUUGUGGAGUGGUUGAAAAACGAGUUUUAAUGACUCCAACCUAAGUGUAUGUAAACUUCCGACUUCAACUGUACAUCCUCAGUUUUGUCUUAUCACAGCCAUUAAACUCUGUAAUUGUUUUAAAUCCUUGAGAGGUUUCCUUCCUCUACUAUUUUAUUUUUAUUUUUUAUCUACCAAUAGCAACCCUUCUUUGCGAGGCAUUGGAAAACCUCCCUGGUCUUUGUGGUUGAAUCUGUGUUUGAAAUUCACUGCUCGAAUGAGGGACCUUACAGAUCAUUGUAUGUGUGGGGUACAGAGAUGAGGUAGUCAUUCAAAAAUCAUGUUAAACACUAUAAAAUAUAUAUUGAGUAUUAAAACAUACAAUCUACCUGCUUUGAAGCUGCUCAACUUUUACAUUACGUUCAGUCAUCUAGCAGACUCUCAUCCAGAGCGACCCACAGGAGCAACCAGGGUCAAGCGCCUCGCCCAAGGGCACGACGACAGAUCUUUUUCUGUAAUACAAUGAAGGCAGACUGUAGGUCAGAUAGAGCCUGGUCAACCGUGGUGGCAAUAGCAUACACAACAGUAUCAUUGGCAUGGUGCAGGUUAAUUUUUGUCAAUAUUGUUAAUGUAAACAAUAAAAAGUACAGGACCCAGAAUCGACCCCUGCAGGACACCUUUCGUUAUGCUCAGAAAACCUGAUUUAACACCAUCAGUAGAUACACAUUGAGUUUUAUCUGUCAAGUAAUUUUGAAACCAUUUACAUGCAGCCUGGUGUAGGCCAAUUGAGGAAAGCAGUGAGUUUUUCAACAGUAUCGAAGGCCUUUGACCGGGAGAGGGCAGCACAAUGUUGCCUUUUAUCCAUACAGUUAACCACAUCAUUUAUAACUAGGGAUGCAGCAGAGAUAGUGCUAUGACCUGGUCUAAAACCCGACUGAUGUACAUUUAGAAUACAUUUCAAAGAUAAGAAAGAUCUUAGCUGAGAAUGAAUAAAGGAUUCUAAUAUUUUAGCUAGGCAAGAAAGUUUAGGAAUAGGCCGAUCAUUAAUUAUUUAGUUCGUAAGGAUAACCACCUUUGAAGGGGGAGUACAUGGGCCACCUUCCAAACCUUGGGGAUAGUACCACAUAUAAUCGUCAGGUAAAAAAUAUGGGUUAAUGAUUCCACAUUUGGGGGGCAGAGAGAUCAAAUAAAAUAAAAUUGUAUUGGUCACAUGCGCCAAAUACAACAGGUGCAGACAUUACAGUGAAAUGCUUACUUACAGCCCUUAACCAACAGUGCAUUUAUUUUUAACAAAAAAAGUAAAAAUAAAACAACAAAAAAAGUGUUGAGAAAAAAAAAAGAGCAGAAGUAAAAUAAAGUAACAGUAGGGAGGCUAUAUAUACAGGGGGGUGCCGUUGCAGAGUCAAUGUGCGGGGGCACCGGCUAGUUGAGGUAGUUGAGGUAAUAUGUACAUGUGGGUAGAGUUAAAGUGACUAUGCAUAAAUAAUUAACAGAGUAGCAGCAGCGUAAAAAGGAUGGGGUGGGGGGGCAGUGCAAAAUAGUCCGGGUAGCUAUGAUUAGCUGUUCAGGAGUCUUAUGGCUUGGGGGUAGAAGCUGUUGAGAAGUCUUUUGGACCUAGACUUGGCACUCCGGUACCGCUUGCCGUGCGGUAGCAGAGAGAACAGUCUAUGACUAGGGUGGCUGUAGUCUUUGACAAUUUUGAGGGCCUUCCUCUGACACCGCCUGGUAUAGAGGUCCUGGAUGGCAGGAAGCUUGGCCCCAGUGAUGUACUGGGCCGUACGCACUACCCUCUGUAGUGCCUUGCGGUCGGAGGCCAAGCAGUUGCCAUACCAGGCGGUGAUGCAACCAGUCAGGAUGCUCUCGAUGGUGCAGCUGUAUAACUUUUUGAGGAUCUGAGGACCCAUGCCAAAUAUUUUCAGUCUCCUGAGGGGGAAUAAGCUUUGUCGUGCCCUCUUCACGACUGUCUUGGUGUGUUUGGACCAUGAUAGUUUGUUGGUGAUGUGGACACCAAGGAACUUGAAGUUCUCAACCUGUUCCACUACAGCCCCGUCGAUGAGAAUGGGGGCGUGCUCAGUCCUCUUUUUUUUUUCCUGUAGUCCACAAUCAUCUCCUUUGUCUUGGUCACGUUGAGGGAGAGGUUGUUGUCCUGGCACCACACGGCCAGGUCUCUGACCUCCUCCCUAUAGGCUGUCUCAUCGUUGUCGGUGAUCAGGCCUACCACUGUUGUGUCGUCGGCAAACUUAAUGAUGGUGUUGGAGUCGUGCCUGGCCAUGCAGUCAUGGGUGAACAGAGAGUGCAGGAGGGGACUGAGCACGCACCCCUGAGGGGCCCCCGUGUUGAGGAUCAGUGUGGCAGAUGUGUUGUUACCUACCCUUACCACCUGGGGGCGGCCCGUCAGGAAGUCCAGGAUCCAGUUGCAGAGGGAGGUGUUUAGUCCCAGGAUCCUUAGCUUAGUGAUGAGCUUUGAGGGCACUAUGGUGUUGAAUGCCGAGUUGUAGUCAAUGAAUAGCAUUCUCACGUAGAUGCAGCAAAAAUCAGCCCCAGUAUUUUUUCUUUAACAUCAAUCUUAAGCAAGGCAUCUAGCACAUCACAGGUAGUAAAUUGUUGAAAUGAAAACAAAGAUUCACUAGAAGUUGACGGGUUAUCCGUCAAGUCAGCUAGAGGCUGGCAGAGGGAAGAGCAGUUGAUUGACUGACCAGGUUCAAUUAAACCACAGUUUCUCUCAAAUAAAAAGCUUGUCAAGAUAAAAUGAUGAUUAAAAGCAUCACUUAUCCCAUUGUUCUCAGUUAUGAUGCCAGAGUCCGACAGAACUUGCUUAGGCAGGGAAGAAAAUGAAUUUGUACGCUUCAGUGCAUUUACUGUUUUCCAAAAUGUAGAAGGAUUACUAGCAGGCUCAGAGAUGGAGCUUUAAUAAUUAGCUUGAUUUAGCUUUCUUAAUCAAUAUAGUACAUCUGUUUCUCAGUUGUCUGAAAGAUUGCCAGUCCACUACAGAGUCAGUUUUCCUUGUUUUGGCCCAGGCCUGAUUUCUCAUCUGAAUGAGCUCUGAUCGCCCUGAAGAAAACCAAGGGUUAGAUCUAUCUUUGACUCUGAAUUGUUUAAAAGGGGUGUGUUUAUCGGCCAGAGGAAUGAAUAUGGAGGAUACACAUUUUCUAGAGUGAACUCUGGGAUAGGAAUACAGGAGGUAGUGGCUUAAUCAGAGUAGAACAUUUAAUGUAAAAACCCUUGAGGAUAACAUUAGAAUGAGUAUUUUGCUGUCCGGUAUCUCUAAUACAUACUAUGGGAAAAUGAUCACUGAGAUCAUAUUUAAAUAUGCCUCUAGACAAAUAUUUAUGGGGGUUAUUAGUAAGAAUUAAAUAAAUCAAUGAGGAGUUAAUCAAUGCACAAUUACAUUCUGUGUAGGGUAUUUUGUCAAUCCUGUUAUUCAUCUACAUCUAUUGUAGAAUGAGGACUGACACUAAAUAAUUUGAAACUAAACUAAGAAUUUGAUUUGAAUUAAAGAGGUCAGAUAAUUAGUCAAGCAAACACAUUUCUUUGAUCAUUUUCAUUCAUCAAACAUUGUCAUUGCUGCAUUCAAGCCCCCUCCCAUCCUAUCAGCAAUAAAGAUUAAAUCAAGUAUUGGUAUGUGUGCUAAGAUUUCAGUGCGCGUAGUCUCUCUUGAAAUACUUGAUUUAUUCAUGAAAAGAACAGUGUAAUCUCUGUAUCCAUUUUCAUGAAGAGGUAGCGCUAAAAUGUUUAACCUGUCUGCCCCCAACCCCCUCGCCCCUCCCUCCCUCCCUCCCUGUUCUAGGCUUCGGAUCUGGAUUUCUGGCUCUCAAAUGCUCCAGUGCCCUCUAACCCUCAGGUUGAGUUCCUCUCUCUCUCUUAGUCAUUCCUUGUCCUUGUUGUAAUUUGUGUUCUAACAUCACCUCUUCAUGCAUCCUCUGCUCUCGUCUGAUCCUCCUCACCAUGCGUGGUUCUUUCUUUCCUUUCUUUCUUCCAUUCACUCUUCUCUUCUUUCACACUUACAUUACUUCCUCUCUUUCACAGGUCACAUAACCCUACUCAUUCUUGGGCUGUGGUUUUCUGUUCUUUGUAAUUGUGUUUCUUAGUGUUGGUUCUCUCUGUUUUUGUUUUCCUCACUGUGUGUCUGUUUCCUGUCAGUGGUGGUCACAGUUGUUGUCAAGUUCAGGGGCCUCAGAGUGUCUGGAAUCUUGCUGACAGUUCCUGUUGAUCAAGUCAAACCACAGCAACAGUAGCACAGCUCUUCGUGUGUAUGACUACAUAUAGACAGUGUUUUUGACUACUGACUGAGUGUUUGUGACUACAUACCCUGUGCGUGUGACUGCACAUGGACGUGUGUGUGUGCAGACGACCUCUCUAGCCCAGAGCAGCUGUUAGACCAGGCGGGAGACUAAAGAGAACAGUACAGUAUUCAGUUUGAGCUCAGACUAGGUCAUAAAGUUACUUUAAAGUAUCUGUGACCCCACACUCUCUGUCCUGUGUUCAGCCCCUGCUGUAUGUGACUGUUUAAAGCAGAAUCUGAUCAUUGGCCUGUACGUUUAUUUGGGGGCUCUGCAUGUUGAGAAAAUGUAUAAGGAACAUCACACCAACCGUCUGCCCUCAGGAAAUAGGCUGUACGUCUAUCAGUCACCCAAACGUCCUGUUUGAACAUGUUUCUGUUCUUCUGUUUUUUUUGUGUGUGUUUUGAGUCUAUCGUUCCUCUAAAGCACAGAUAUCUAUCUAUCUAUCUCUUGCUGAUUUUGUAUCUUUGCCCACUGACAAAGGCAAAGGUUUAUUUGAACAGUGAGCGACAGAAUAACAACAAAAAAAUCCAGAAAAACGCAUGUCAAAAAUGUUAUAAAUUAAUUAGCAUUUUAAUGAGGGAAAUAAGUAUUUGACCCCUCUGCAAAAUAUGACUUAGUACUUGGUGGCAAAACCCUUGUUGCCAAUCACAGAGGUCAGACGUUUCUUGUAGUUGGCCACCAGGUUUGCACACAUCUCAGGAGGGAUUUUGUCCCACUCCUCUUUGCAGAUCUUCUCCAAGUCAUUAAGGUUUUGAGGCUGACGUUUGGCAACUCAAACCUUCAGCUCCCUCCACAGAUUUUCUAUGGGAUUAAGGUCUGGAGACUGGCUAGGCCACUCCAGGACCUUAAUGUGCUUCUUCUUGAGCCACUCCUUUGUUAUCUUGGCCGUGUGUUUUGGGUCAUUGUCAUGCUGGAAUACCCAUCCACGACCCAUUUUCAAUGCCCUGGCUGAGGGAAGGAGGUUCUCACACAAGAUUUGAUGGUACAUGGCCCCGUCCAUCGUUCUUUGAUGCGAUGAAGUUGUCCUGUCCCCUUAGCAGAAAAACACCCCCAAAGCAUAAUGUUUCCACCUCCGUGUUUGACGGUGGGGAUGGUGUUCUUGAGGUCAUAGGCAGCAUUCCUCCUCCUCCAAACACGGCGAGUUGAGUUGAUGCCAAAGAGCUUCAUUUUGGUCUCAUCUGACCACAACACUUUCACCCAGUUCUCCUCUGAAUCAUUCAGAUGUUCAUUGGCAAACUUCAGACGGGCAUGUAUAUGUGCUUUCUUGAGCAGGGGGACCUUGCGGGCGCUGCAGGAUUUCAGUCCUUCACGGCGUAGUGUGUUACCAAUUGUUUUCUUGGUGACUAUGGUCCCAGCUGCCUUGAGAUCAUUGACAAGAUCAUCCCGUGUAGUUCUGGGCUGAUUCCUCACCGUUCUCAUGAUCAUUGCAACUCCACAAGGUGAGAUCUUGCAUGGAGCCCCAGGCUGAGGGAGAUUGACAGUUAUUUUGUGUUUCUUCCAUUUGCGAAUAAUCGCACCAACUGUUGUCACCUUCUCACCAAGCUGCUUGGCGAUGGUCUUGUAGCCCAUUCCAGCCUUGUGUAGGUCUAAAAUCUUGUCCCAGACAUCCUUGGAGAGCUCUUUGGUCUUGGCCAUGGUGGAGAGUUUGGAAUCUGAUUGAUUGAUUGCUUCUGUGGACAGGUGUCUUUUAUACAGGUAACGAGCUGAGAUUGGGAGCACACUUAAUCUCAGCUCGUUACCUGUAUAAAAGACACCUGGGAGCCGGGAAAUCUUUCUGAUUGAGAGGGGGUCAAAUACUUAUUUCCCUAAUUAAAAUGCAAAUCAAUUUCUAACAUUUUUGACAUGCGUUUUUCAGUUUUUUGUUGUUGUUAUUCUGUCUCUCACUGUUCAAAUAAACCUACCAUGCAAUUAUAGACUGAUCAUUUCUUUGUCAGUGGGCAAACGUACAAAAUCAGCAGGGGAUCAAAUACUUUUUUUCCUCACUGUAUGUGUGUGUAUAUAUAUAUAUAUAUAUAUAUAUAUAUAUAUAUAUAUAUAUAUAUAUAUAUAUACAUACAUACAUACAGUGGGGAGAACAAGUAUUUGAUACACUGCCGAUUUUGUAGGUUUUCCUACUUACAAAGCAUGUAGAGGUCUGUAAUUUUUAUCAUCGGUACACUUCAACUGUGAGAGACGGAAUCUAAAACAAAAAUCCAGAAAAUCACAUUGUAUGAUUUUUAAGUAAUUAAUUUGCAUUUUAUUGCAUGACAUAAGUAUUUGAUCACCUACCAACCAGUAAGAAUUCCGGCUCUCACAGACCUGUUAGUUUUUCUUUAAGAAGCCCUCCUGUUCUCCACUCAUUACCUGUAUUAACUGCACCUGUUUGAACUCGUUACCUGUAUAAAAGACACCUGUCCACACACUCAAUCAAACAGACUCCGACCUCUCCACAAUGGCCAAGACCAGAGAGCUGUGUAAGGACAUCAGGGAUAAAAUUGUAGACCUGCACAAGGCUGGGAUGGGCUACUGGACAAUAGGCAAGCAGCUUGGUGAGAAGGCAACAACUGUUGGCGCAAUUAUUAGAAAAUGGAAGAAGUUCAAGAUGAUGGUCAAUCAUCCUCGGUCUGGGGCUCCAUGCAAGAUCUCACCACGUGGGGCAUCAAUGAUCAUGAGGAAGGUGAGGGAUCAGCCCAGAACUACACGGCAGGACCUGGUCAAUGACCUGAAGAGAGCUGGGACCACAGUCUCAAAGAAAACCAUUAGUAACACACUACGCCGUCAUGGAUUAAAAUCCUGCAGCGCAUGCAAGGUCCCCCUGCUCAAGCCAGCGCAUGUCCAGGCCUGUCUGAAGUUUGCCAAUGACCAUCUGGAUGAUCCAGAGGAGGAAUGGGAGAAGGUUAUGUGGUGGGAUUAUGAGAUAAAAAUAUAGCUUUUUGGUCUAAACUCCACUCGCCGUGUUUGGAGGAAGAAGAAGGAGGAGUACAACCCCAAGAACACCAUCCCUACCGUGAAGCAUGGAGGUGGAAACAUCAUUCUUUGGGGAUGCUUUUCUGCAAAGGGGACAGGACGACUGCACCGUAUUGAGGGGAGGAUGGAUGGGGCCAUGUAUCGUGAGAUCUUGGCCAACAACCUCCUUCCCUCAGUAAGAGCAUUGAAGAUGGGUCGUGGCUGGGUCUUCCAGCAUGACAACGACCCGAAACACACAGCCAGGGCAACUAAGGAGUGGCUCCGUAAGAAGCAUCUCAAGGUCCUGGAGUGGCCUAGCCAGUCUCCAGACCUGAACCCAAUAGAAAAUCUUUGGAGGGAGCUGAAAGUCCGUAUUGCCCAGCGACAGCCCCGAAACCUGAAGGAACUGGAGAAGGUCUGUAUGGAGGAGUGGGCCAAAAUCCCUGCUGCAGUGUGUGCAAACCUGGUCAAGACCUACAGGAAAUGUAUGAUCUCUGUAAUUGCAAAGAAAGGUUUCUGUACCAAAUAUUAAGUUCUGCUUUUCUGAUGUAUCAAAUACUUAUGUCAUGCAAUAAAAUGCAAAUUAAUUACUUACAAAUCAUACAAUGUGAUUUUCUGGAUUUUUGUUUUAGAUUCCGUCUCUCACAUUUAAGUGUACCUAUGAUAAAAAUGACAGACCUCUACAUGCUUUGUAAGUAGGAAAACCUGCAAAAUCGGCAGUGUAUCAAAUACUCCCCACUGUACAUACACACACACACACACACACACACACACACACAGGACCAGUCAAAAGUUUGGACACACCUACUCAUUCCAGGGUUUUUCUUUUCUUUUUACUAUUUUCUACAUUGUAGAAUAAUAGUGGACAUGUGUGUAUAUGUUGUACGAGAUCUUCAGUUUCUUGGCAAUUUCUCACAUGGAAUAGCCUUCAUUUCUCAGAACAAGAAUAGACUGACGAGUUUCUGGCCAUUUUGAGCCUGUAAUCGAAUCCACGAUUGCUGAUGCUCCAGAUACUCAACUUGUCUCAAGAAGGCCAGUUUUAUUGCUUCUUUAAUCAGCACAACCGUUUUCAGCUGUGCUAACAUAAUUGCAAAAGGGUUUUCUAAUGGUCAAUUAUGCCUUUUCAAAUGAUACACUUGGAUUAGCGAACACAAUGUGCCAUUGGAACACAGGAAUGAUGGUUGCUGAUAAUGGGCCUCUGUACGCCUAUGUAGAUAUGCCAUUAAAAAUCAGCCAUUUCCAGCUACAAUAGCCAUUUCCAACAUCAACAAUGUCUACAUUGUAUUUCUGAUCAAUUUGAUGUUAUUUUAAUGGUCAAAAAAAUUGCUUUUCUUUCAAAAACAAGGACAUUUCUAAGUGACCCCAAACUUUUGAACAGGAGUAUGUAUAUAUGUGUGUAUGUAUAUACAGUUUGAAGUCGAAAGUUAACAUACACUUAGGUUGGAGUCAUUAAAACUCGUUUUUCAACCACUCCACAAAUUUCUUGUUAACAAACUAUCGUUUUGGCAAGUCGGUAAGGACAUCUACUUUAUGCAUGACACAAGUAAGUUUUCCAACAAUUGUUUACAGACAGAUUAUUUCACUUAUAAUUCACUGUAUCACAAUUCCAGUGGGUCAGAGGUUUACAUACACUAAGUUGACUGUGCCUUUUAAACAGCUUGGAAAUUCCAGAAAAUGAUGUCAUGGCUUUAGAAGCUUCUGAUAGGCUAAUUGACAUAAUUUGAGUCCAUUGGAGGUGUACCUGUGGAUUUAUUUCAAGGCCUACCUUCAAACUCAGUGCCUCUUUGCUUGACAUCAUGGUAAAAUAAAAUAAAAUCAGCCAAGUCCUCAGAAAAACAAUUGUAGACCUCCACAAGUCUGGUUCAUCCUUGGGAGCAAUUUCCAAAUGCCUGAAGGUACCACAUUCAUCUGUACAAACAAUAGUACGCAAGUAUAAACACCAUGGGACCAUGCAGCCAUCAUACCCCUCAGGAAGGAGACUCAUUCGGUCUCCUAGAGAUGAAUGUACUUUGGUGCGAAAAGUGCAAAUCAAUCCCAGAACAACAGCAAAGGACCUUGUGAAGAUGCUGGAGGAAACUGGUACAAAAGUAUCUAUAUCCACAGCAAAACGAGUCCUAUAUCGACAUAACCUGAAAGGCCGCUCAGCAAGGAAGAAGCCACUGCUCUAAAACCGCCAUAUAAAAGCCAGACUACGGUUUGGCGUAGUCUGGCUUUUUGGAGAAGUGUCCUCUGGUCUGAUGAAACAAAAAUAGAACUGUUUGGCCAUAAUGACCAUCGCUAUGUUUGGAGGAAAAAGGGGGACCUUGCAAGCCGAAGAACACCAUCCCAACCGUGAAGCACAGGGUUGGCAGCAUCAUGCUGUGGGGGUGCUUUGCUGCAGGAGGGACUGGUGCACUUCACAAAAUAGAUGGCAUCAUGAGGAAGGGAAAACUAUGUGGAUAUAUUGAAGCAACAUCUCAAGACAUCAGUCAGGAAGUUAAAGCUUGGUUGCAAAUGGGUCUUCCAAAUGGACCAUAACCCCAAGCAUACUUCCAAAGUUGUGGCAAAAUGGCUUAAGGACAACAAAGUCAAGGUAUUGGAGUGGCCAUCACAAAGCCCUGACCUCAAUCCUAUAGAACAUUUGUGGGCUCAACUGAAAAAGCGUGUGCGAGCAAGGAGGCCUACAAACCUGACUCAGUUACACCAGCUCUGUCAGGAGGAAUGGGCCAAAAUUCACCCACCUUAUUGUGGGAAGCUUGUGGAAGGCUACCCGACACGUUUGACCCAAGUUAAACAAUUUAAAGGCAAUGCUACCAAAUACUAAUUGAGUGUAUGUAAACUUCUGACCCACUGGGAAUGUGAUGAAAGAAAUAAAAGCUGAAAUAAAUCAUUCUCUCUACUAUUAUUCUGACAUUUCACAUUCUUAAAAUAAAGUCGUGAUCCUAACUGCCCUAAGACAGGGAAUUUUUACUAGGAUUAAAUGUCAGGAAUUGUGAAAAGCUGAGUUUAAAUGUAUUUGGCUAAGGUGUAUGUAAACUUCCGACUUCAACUGUAUAUGUAUAUAUGGUCCAUUGGAACAAUGUCAGCAUUAAAGAACUUCUUAACAACAAACAAAUUACUACAACUUACCCAAGCUGCUACUACUACCUGUACUUGUAUAUGAUCAAUAAAUGACAAUGCGUGUUGUAUAUAAAUUAUCCUCCUAAAUAUGUCCAAACUAACUUUAUUGGUGUGUGUUGACAGGCAGCAGCAGAAGCAGAGGAUCCCACUGCCUCCACCCCUAAGAUGGUAUCUGGUGUGGCUGCCGUGGCACCAGACUCUGAGCCUGAAGAGGCCAAAGACACUGAGCCGGAGGAGACUGUGAGUCACUCCACUCUACUGAUGAUGCCAUAAUCACAAGACAGAAAUCUUAGCUGUUACUAAGGAUUCUACAUUACAGACCACUACAACAGGAUACUGUAUUUUUGACAGAUCUUGUCUGAGCACUUCCCCAUUGGACAUUUUCACUCCCUCUUUCUGAAUCGACUGACCUUCACUUCAUCCCCUGCUUGUUUCCCUCUUAGAAGUCCUCCAAGCACAAGAAGAAGAAGAAGCAGAAAAAGGAGGAGAAGAAAAAGAAGCACCAUCAUCAUCAUAAUCAUAGCGAUGGGGCCGGAGACGAGUCUGUGCAGAACGGCACUGUGGAGGAGGAGGAGCCUCUGCCGGUCAGUAACCAAUCACCUUUCACGCUGUCAAUUCUCUGACCAAUCCCUGUCCAUUAUGUAAAAUCCCUGUCCACUGGAUGUUUAAUUCAUAGAUAAGCUCUCGUUUUCAUUGUAUGGUUUUGGUCUGUUGACACAUCCCCACCUUCACCCUUUGAUUGGCACAGUCAAGUGUGCAUUGUGUAUACGCUGGCUGUCUCAAAUAGCAUAUACAUAAUCCACACGUCGGUCUGGUUGCCUUGUUUGCAUAUUGAGUGACGGGCAAUAACUGACCAGACGCUUCUCUUGUUACAGCCCAUGUCCAAUUACGCCCUGCUGGCUGAGAACUCCUACAUCAAGAUGGUGAGCGUGAUUGAGAGAGAAGCUUGGCUGAACUAAAUAAAAAUACUAUUGUAUAUUAUAUGUGGAUGGCUGAUGAUAUGGGAACUGGGAAGGGUCAUUUUAACAUAAAAUAUAAAUACUAUAUGUGGACCUCCUUUUCUCUCUUUCAAGAUGAAGCAGGAUGCUGAUAAGGUAUUGGCUGAGGUUCUGUGAACUGCAGGCUAUGGGUUUUACAGGAUAAUAUUAUAUAUGUGCUGUAUGGUUGUGACUUAGACUGUGCCCCCUGGCUUAAUUACCCUGUGAUAACCAAGCUGUUAUGCAGAGACAUGCAUAUAUUGGAAAACGUGUUAUUCAGAACACCGUAAGCCAGGGGCAUCCUCUUGUGUUUGACGUUAUGGUUCUUUACUAUCCUAUUAGUGCUUCCAGAUUGCUUAUGAAAAAUCACAUGGGAUUCAUGUUGGGAUUGGAAUGGUUGAAUCGAUUUGCUGGUUUGCUGUGGUUUUGCAUGCAAGUCAAUCUGCCGGGCUCCUUGUGUGAAGACUGCUGGCUACGGAGUGGAUCGACCUCUGCUUUAUCUCUCCCUUCAUCCCUCUCCUCCAGGUGUGUGACAUCCAGGGGAACCUGCAGGACGGUAGCCAGGUGGUGGUCUCUAUCAUCUUUGAGAAUAAGUGCGACAGCUUUAUCAAGUCAAUGGAGUUCAAUGUGCUGGACUCUCUCAACUCCAAGCUGCAGCGGCCUGAUGGAGCUGGCCCACAUGACGGCCUCAACGUGCCCUUCCAACUACCCCCCGGUGAGGAGAGAGCGGGAUGGAGACUAUUAUUGAGAACUACAUUCACUUCCAAAUAUUAAAAUUCCUGUUUUACAUCCAGACUAAUCUGUUUGAUCUCCUCUUGUUCCUCAGGGAUCUCAAACGAGGCACGCUUCAUCUUCUCAGUGCAGAGCAUCGUGAUGCCCCAGAAACUGAAAGGAACCCUCACAUUCAUAGUCAAGGUGAGUUAGUCUAGCCCACGCUUUGUGGUGGGCUAGACAUCGCCCCCACUAGCCCUCUUUGUGAGUCUGUCUGCGACUUUGUCUCUGGAUACAGUCUCUUUUACUGCUCAAGGUUUGGCUGACUUAUUUCUCAUCCGUAAAAGCGUAUUAUUAAUCUUCUGCUGUUAUAAUGUUCUCUCACAGACUGAUGAUUCCUCCACUCAUGAGAAACUGGACUUUAAACUGCACUUUACCUGCACCUCAUACCUGAUCACCACUCCCUGCUACAGGUCAGUGCAACUAGCUGCCCUCAAAGAACCUCAUUCUGCUGUUCAAUAAUAAUGAAUGUUACCUAACUGUAUAUUUGGAGCGAUUGGCUUAGUGUGUUGUGCCCUGAUCUGAACUCAUGAUUAAACUGCUAUGUGAUGUGUAGUAAAUGUGAUUGCUGCUGUUGUUGUUUGCAGUGAUGCUUAUUCUAAGCUGUUGGAGUCAGGGGACCUGAAGGGGAGCUCUCUGAAGCUGGAGGGAGUUAAUCAGCCCUUCCACCAUCUACUGGCCAGGAUCUGCUUCCACCACCACUUCUCUGGUGGGUACACUGGGACUGGAGGAAACCGGUGGAAGGCAAAAGGGAGAGAGAGAGGGUGGGGGAUAGGAUAGGAUAGGGACUGGGAUACAGGGGAAAGGUUGAGGCAUGGGAGAGGUAUUCAGGGGAGAAUGGACCCAACCAUUUUUGGGGGUGUUUUUUCUAGUUUGCCUCGUGCACAAAUAUAUCUCUUUGAGUAAACAUGUCCACUUUAAGAGGAUAAUGUGGUAGAUAAAGACCUUCGAUGUUGAGAUUGCAUCUGUUCACAGAUUAGUGUCAGUAAUUCAAAGUGUUUGCAAAUGGACUGAAUGGUAUAACAAGCUUAUGGUUGUGUUCUUGUCUCUUUACCAGUUGUGGAGAGGAUCGAUUCCUGUGCCUCUAUGUACAGCAGGUCAGUCCAGGGUCACCACGUGUGUCUGCUCGUCAAAACUGUGAGUAGCUCUACUCCUCAGUCACGUGUCCAGAGAUCCACAUGUUCAGACAACUCAAAUGAGAUAGAAGGCUGUGAGUCAUCAUUGUAACCUUUGCCCUCUGUCUGUCUGUGUCCCUGUCCGUCUCAGGCUGAUCAGACCGUGUCCAUCGACGCUAAAUGUGACGAGCCGGGCCUGCUUGGGAAUGUGCUGGAUGAGAUCAAGCUCACCUUCUCUCAGUGCUGAUUGUGUCUGACAGCCACUUGGUGCCCCCCUACCCCCUGUUCAACCCCUCGCUCGCUGAAACACACACUUGUAUAAUCCCAUUACAAACACUGCGGCUGGCACUCCUAGUUUCACCCUAUUUAUUAAUCGUCAGAUUCACAACUCUCCUUCUUUCACUUCCCCACUCCCCCAUUCACUGAUUUUCUCUAUGCACACUCCCUCAGUGCACUUAUAGUUCCACUUCCUCGUUUCAAAUCUCUUUUCCUCUUCCAGCCUCUCCACUGUCAGAAUGCUGGUUUCCCCUGCUCCCCCCUCCCUCCCUCUGACUGAACCUGUACCAAUUCUCUCUCUCACUCUCACUCACUCAUCUGCAUUACAGUCUGUGACGGUCAUGUAAUGUAAUCUGACAACUAGACUUUUUUUGUUGUUGGUUGAAUUGUGUUUUUACUUUUUCAAGUUGUUUCUUUGUUUGUUGCUGUUUUUGUUGAUUUCUGAUGUCCGUCUGCCCCCCCCCCCCCCCCCCCGCAUUAAACAUCAGUGUGUUACUACUACUCUCUAUAGUCCUUGUAGAAUGCGUGACUCCCUCUGACUGGCCCUAGUUGGAAACAUCAUGUAAACUCCUCCCUCCAUCCUGACCUGACCUCCUGAGACCCACCUCCAACCUCCCCCUGGUGUCCAUGCUCCAGCUGUGCUAAGCUUCAGUUUGAACCGUGUCGCUGUAACAUAUCAAUCCCUGUAAGAAUUUAAAAUGCCUGAGCUGGAAAGUUACACUAAGAGUGAAUUGGAAUCAGCUCAAAGUGUAGCCAUACUGGAAAAUAAUGUUUCUGCAUCUGUCUUGCUCUCAGUCUCCUAUUCUAGACAUGGGUAGAAUGGUAUCUUUUUACAAUUGUCUGAUUUAUCGCUUUGCUUAUGCUGUAACGGUUGAAGGAUAUUUUACUGCUCAUCUGCUGUGCUGAUCUAGACCUCUCUUUCUUGCCUCAGGCAUGUCUACCACAGUAUAUGUAGUGAGUGACCGAAUAAUAUAGAACCUCUCAUUGCUCUGCCUCGAUUUCUCUUUAUUCACUUGUGACCAAUUAAGUGAAGGCUAGCUAUCACAUAUUGCAGCUAGAGCCUCUCACGUAGCUUUGCUAUAAUAGCAGGCUUCGCAUAUCAAUUUGUUGUAGGUCUCCCAGAUGUGUUGAUAUACUUAGUUUGGGAUCACCUAUGGGAAUGGAAGGCUAUUGUAGUUGUCAUACAGGCACAUUUUAUUCUAGGUAGAUCAAUGGUACUUGGUUUCAUAUUUUAUUUUCAAUCAGUAUUAGUCAAGGUGGCUUCUUGUUUGCUACUCCCUCCUGUCUUGAGAAAGCAAAACAUUCAGUCAGUCUUUCAAAUCAUCCAAACCUCUUGCGCCUCUGCCACUUUUACUCUUACAAUACAUCAUAUAUGUCACUGAUAUACAGUCAUAAACCGAUCUUACUCCAGUGUUAUAUUCUCUCAGAACUGCCUUGCCACAUCCUGUGCAUUGACAAUAUGACGAACAUUAAUGUUCAUCAUUUCAAAUGGCUUCUUCCUUUCAUGACUUGCUCAGAGGUUAUAAGUUUGCUGUGUAGUUACUCUCAACAUGUCUCACUGCCUGGUCCAGCACGACGUAGUAGCAACUGAUCCCAUCGUUUUUUGUUUGUAUCCCGACUAACCCUCAUUCAUGUCUUGCAAGCGUAGAUGAUGUUGGUCUCCUGUUGGACAAUGGGUCUCCUGUCCCUUGUUGGUCUCCUGUUGGACAAUGGGUCUUCUGUCCC